AUUAUAACUGAAUCCACCGAGGAUUGGAUUGAAAUUUGAAGCUACAACUAAACCUUGAACUCGCAGAAGCUCUGUCUAGGGUUUUGCUCUGCAAUUAGGCAAUUACACGCACUAACACACAUCAAUCAAAUUCAUUCCAAUGGCGCGUAACGAAGAAAAAGCCCAAUCGAUGCUCAAUCGAUUCAUCACCAUGAAAAACGAGGAGAAGAAGAAGCCCAAAGAGCGCCGCCCAUUCUUAGCUUCCGAGUGCCGCGAUUUGUCCGAAGCCGACAAGUGGAGGCAGCAAAUCAUGCGUGAAAUCGGUCGGAAAGUCACCGAAAUCCAGAACGAGGGUUUAGGUGAGCACCGUCUUCGUGAUCUUAAUGAUGAAAUUAACAAGCUUUUGCGCGAGAAAUUACAUUGGGAACGCAGAAUAAUUGAGCUUGGUGGGCCUAAUUACACUAGGCAUUCUGCAAAAAUGACUGAUUUGGAUGGGAAUAUUGUUGAUGUUCCGAAUCCCAGUGGCCGUGGCCCGGGGUAUAGGUAUUUUGGUGCUGCCAAGAAGUUACCCGGUGUUAAGGAGUUGUUUGACAAGCCUCCCGAGUUGCGCAAGAGGCGUACUCGGUAUGAUAUAUAUAAGAGGAUUGAUGCCAGUUAUUAUGGCUAUAGGGAUGAUGAGGAUGGGGUUUUGGAGAAGCUGGAGGUGGGCGCCGAGAAGAGGAUGAGGGCUGACAAGGUUAGGGAGUGGGAGGAGAUGGAAGCCAUUAAGAGGGAGGCGAGACGAGGGGUUAAGAGUGGAGGGGAUGCUGUCAAGGAGUUUUUGAGGGAGGAAGAGGAGGAUGUGGUUGAAGAGGAGAGGAGGGAGAGAGAGAUCAAGGAGAGGGAGAGUGGGGAGAAGGAGUUCAUGGUGCACGUGCCAUUGCCGGAUGAGAGUGAGAUUGAGAAGAUGAUUGUGGAGAAGAAGAAGUUGGAGCUUUUGAGCAAGUAUGCUAGUGACAAUUUGUUGGAGGAGCAGAGUGAGGCUAAGGCUAUGCUUAAUAUUCAUCGUUAGAUCAUGGGAAGUAGUAUCGCGUCAGAAAGAGAAGGACAAAAAAUUGACAUGAGGACAUAAUAAAGAAGACUACGAGGAUGUGGUACAAAUUAAUAUAUAUGUAUGUUACCAUGUUUGCUUUUUGUGUCAUUACAUGCGGCUUUGACUAUGAGUGUCAUGUCAUGUAUUUUUUGUGUUAGGAGAUCAAAUUUAGGCUUAUCCUUUGUAAAUCAUGCUUUAGAUACAUAUAUUGAUUUCUCUUCCUUAUAUUCCAAUCAUUCUGGGGUUUUUAUUUUA